GUCCACACCACUCUCGCAGAGCAGGGCAGAUAUUUCUACUGGUGUGAUACAUCUUGAUCUUUAUACAUAAACGAUCUUUUCGGUGACGCAUAUUUCGCGCGAAACUCAGUUUGGGAGCUGAAGUGAAGAAAUUAGAAAUGAGUAAAAAAGAUAACGGCGCGACACUCAUCCUUGCCUAUCUGAAUGAAAAGAACCGGCCCUACAGUGCUCAGGAUGUCUUUUGUAAUUUACAAAAACAGCAUGGAUUGGGCAAGACGGCAGUGGUCAAAGCCAUGGAGCUGCUGGCACUAGAGGGCAAGAUAAAGGAGAAAACAUAUGGCAAGCAAAAGAUUUAUUUUGCCGAUCAGGCUCAGUUCGAAGAUGUGAAGGAUGCAGACCUGAAGGCCAUGGACUGUCAGAUCUCAGAGCUCAAUGCAGAGGUGCAGUCCCUCAACCAGAGCUGCAGACAGCUAGAUGCAGAGGUGAAGGAGCUCAGCAGCUCCCUGACAACAGAGGAAAUGAUGUCAGAGAUCCAAGAGCUGAAAGUGGAGUGUUCUGGCUACAGAGCACGUCUGGAGAAGAUAAAGUCGGCCACAAAUCACGUCACACCAGAAGAGAAAGAGAAGGUUUACAAAGAGCGGGAUGUUUAUGUAAAAGAGUGGAAAAAGAGGAAGCGAUUGGCUUCAGACAUGAUAAAUGCAAUCCUGGAAGGGUAUCCAAAGAGCAAAAAGGAGUUCCUGGAUGAAGUUGGAGUGGAGACUGAUGAGGACUGUAAGGUGGUUGUUCCAAGUACUUGAAAGAAUAAGAAAACGCUUGUUCAUCCAUUUCAUCACUGUAAGCCUGUGCAGUGCUUCGCUAAGAAUAUAUAUAAUACAUCAGAGUUGUCUGAGCCACAGCACAUUCACAUAUUUAUAGCCUUUCUUUUGAACAAAUAACACAUCUUUAAUAAAAGUUGAAUGGAAAAAACAUUUGUAAUUGAAAGUAUAUUUAUACAAAAACACAAUACACUACAUCACAUCAUUAGACAGCACUAAGGGAUGUUUGUCACCUCAUAGGAAACAUUGAUUUAUUUUUUCCCUUUUUAAAGCCAUAAAACCAAUCCUGGGCCUAUAAUGGAAAUGUCAACAGAUUAUUCAUUAUAGCUUGGAGAGCUGUACUUUCUUUGUUGUUCUUGUUACAUGUUCAAGUCCACCUUGCUGCCAUUUUCUUUGAAAACUGUACACAAAAGAACCACAAUGUGUAUGGGCGUAUGUAAGCAUGGGCGAUUAUUCAUGACCUUCAGGUAUUAUAGGGGGGGGUUGUGCCAUUUUUCCCUUUCCUUUUUUAAUCAUCCUUUGUACCGUUUUUUUCACUCAGUAUUGCUGCCAAGUUAUUAAAUGUUCAUGAAAGUAACGUUUGUUGCUGAAAAUAA